AUGGUGGUUCAUGGCAGCCAAGCUACGAACUUGUCAUCCGUCUUAAAGGGCCUAUUGAAGAUUCCUUCGGCAAUUUUCGUCAUCAUCGACGCCCUAGAUGAGAGCAUAGACCAGACCGAAACCUGUGCUUUUCUCAAGAAUCUCUGCGACUACCGGUCGGCCAAAACCCGAGUCCUCGUCAGCAGCAACACCACCCAGUCUCUGGAAUCUGAGUCGACUUUGAAAAUUUUGAGUACGGAAAUGGUCUGUGUCAACUCCAUGUUCAUAAACAAGGAUAUCGAAGCACAUAUUCGAGAGCUGGAACUGGGUCCGUGGGACGAUGAUCAAAGAGACAAAAUCGUCAGCAAUUUGACAGAACGCUCCGACGGCUCGUAA